AUGAACUUUUCUUUAUCCAGAAAUAUAUCUGGCGUACUCGCUGGAGUUGAUGGAAUACUAAGGGUUGUUAUCGGUGAUGUGGGUGCUAUCUCUGGAGUGUCGGCGGUGACUGGUGCUUGGUUUGAUGGGGCGGUGGCAGGUGAUUCUGUCGAGGUGGUGGGACUUAUCGUAGGAGCGGAUAUUGGAGACUUCACGGGAAUUGUAGUGGGAGGGGAAACAAGGGAAGUUGCAGGAGUAGAGACAGGUGUCGUGGCUGUAGUCGGAGAGGAAACAGGGGAAGUCGCCGGAGAUAAAACAGGGGAAUUCAAAGGAGACGCAAUGGUACGAGAUGUGACAGGGGAAGUCGCCGGAGAUGAAACAGGGGAUUUCAAUGGAGAAGAAAUUGUCCGAGAUGAAACAGGGGACGUCGCCGGUGUAAAAGCAGGGGUCCGAGAUGGGGAAGCCGCCGGAGUAAACACUAGGGAUUUCGAUGGAGACUCAACGGUGCGAGAUGGGGAAAUCGCCGGAGUAAUAACAGGGGAUAUCAAAGGAGACGUAAUGGUCCGAGAUGUAACAGGAGAAGUCACCGGAGAAACAACAGGAUAUUUCGAUGGAGUCACAAAUGCCGGAGAGGAAACAGAGGAUUUCUCCGGUGACUUCGUAGGCGAGGUUUGCUUCGUCGGAGGUGGUUCCUCUGGAGGGUUUUGGAUCACCGGAGGAUGUAAAGUAGGCGUCAGAGGAGACGUCGACGGAGAAAUAACACGGUAAGGUUUUGCCGGAGGAUGUAAAGUGGGCGUUUGAGAAGACUUCGUCGGAGAAGUAAAACGAUGAGAUUUUGCAGGAGGAUGUUGUUUCACGGUGAGUCUCGGCGAUUGAGCGGGUGCAUUGUCCGCUUGUACAAUACCAGAAAUAGAAAUUAAGAAGACAAAAAUGGAAAUUACAACAAACCGAUGCAUCGUGUUUUGUGCUUUGUUUGAUUCUGGGAAAGAAUACAAAAAUCCAAAAUGUUGUAUUUCGAUUCUCUGAUCUUCUUAGUAAAUUAAUAGUUGCAGGUUUCGGUUAUGGAUUUAUACGAAAGAGAAUUUUUUAAACGCGAAA